UAUUGAAAUCCCUGAGAAAAUUAACAACCUGUCAUUGCCAUGUCUUCAUGAUACUAAAACCUACUCCAAAGACCAAACAAUUAAACAACAUUAUCUUCAUUCUGAAAGGGCUCUCUCCUUUCCCCUCUACCUGCAUGUAUAUAUACAUGAUUCCUAGCUCAAACUGAAAACCCAUCAAAGAUCAUUUCUCUGUGAUUAACUUUCUUGGUCUUGCAUUCAAUCUUUCCUUUCCAUUUGACUACUUUUUAGCCCAAAAUGACAAUAUUAAUGCUAAAAACAUUGAUGAGCUUCGCUAUUUCAGUCACUCUCAUCAACUUAGCCAUGGCGGCAAGUUACACAGUUGGAGGCCCAAACGGUGGGUGGGAUACAACCACCAGCCUGCAGACAUGGGCAUCAUCUCAAUCAUUUUCAGUUGGAGAUAGCCUGAUUUUCCAGUAUGCACCAAACCAUGAUGUUCUUGAGGUUUCCAAGGCAGACUAUGACUCCUGCCAGGCGAGUACAGCAAUACAGUCCUACAAUGGUGGCACCACAACCAUCCCACUCUCUUCUCCAGGCAAUAGAUACUUCAUCUGUGGAACAAUGGGGCACUGCAGCCAAGGAAUGAAGGUUGGGAUAGACACUCUUGCAUCAUCAGCAGCUCCGCCGGCAUCAUCUCCUUCAGCCGAACCACCGGCUUCUUUGGUGAAACCUCUGGUUCCUACUCCAGCUCCAGAAAGUACUUCUGCUUCCUCACCAACACAGGCGCCAGAAACCAAUCCUACAAUGCUCCCUACAUCGCCAUCUGACUUGCCUUUGGACGGUCCUGCAUCAUCCUCUAUUAUUCCUUCAACCGAAUCUACUCGAACCUCUUCGACUGGAUCUUCAACUGAACCAGCAUCCUCAUCAGCUCACAAAGGGAGUUUUCUUGUCAACAUCCUAAUGGGAUUCAGCUUCAUAAUGGUGAUGCUUAAGGCAUAACAAUCAUCAGAUAAAUUCUUCGUGAGCAAUGCUGUUGAGUGAUUUCUGUGGCCAAGUUUUUAUAUUA